AUGACUUCUGUUACCGCGUAUAUUCAAGCAAGUAUCAUAUUGGUCCUACAACAUCUUCAAAGAUACGUCUUUCACCCAUCGAGGUUGAUUACUAAGUCUACACCACAAAUUGGCUAUAACUUCGGCGGUCAUACAGCGUUGAUUGAGUCGUCAACACGCCACACUACACCGAUUAAAAUUGCUGAUGGAGAUCAUGGAAUUGUGAAGUUUUCUGAGCUAGCAAAUGUUUCUGUACCAAAGUAUGCAACUUGGAGUGGGCGUGGGCGUGGGCGUGGGUGUCUGACUAUAAUGCCACUAGCCACUGAUGAAGUCGAGUCCUUGUCGUAUGGGUUUGCGACUAUUUUUAUGGCAAGUUUGAUUUUGUUUGUUGUUAGAUUGAUUGUCUCCAAGUGGCGCCAAGUAUUGGGAACUGAGUUGGUUGAAGUUGACUUGAUGAGUAAAAGUGUUGUGGAUGACAUUGAUGAUGAUGUUGGUGGCGGUGGUUUUGAUUUGAUACAGUCUUCUACAUUUAGUGAGAUUGUUGAGUGGAGUAUUGGUGUUGAUGGGAUACGUUCACCUCGAUUGACCACGAUUAUGGGCACUGAUGGAGCAGAGUGUAGUGAUGAGGAGGAAGAGGGAGUUGUGGAAGUUGAUUCAUUUCAGGCAGCCUCAAUUCGAAAUUUUAAAAAGUCACAAGAUAUUCAAAGUAUAACGAGGAGUGAAGGUGGAAGACAUGAUUCAAGAGGAUACUGUGAGAGGAAGAGCACUGAGGUGAGUGGAAGAGAUAGUAUGAGAUCAUUGCCAGUUUUUAACGAGUCCAUAACCACAAUAGCAGAGGUUACUCCCCAACCCAGUCUCGAAGGUAUAAAGCCUUCUCUUACAAUCACUUUUAAUGAUGCAGAAUCGCAUUUGGACUCUACUGAAAUUGGCCUCACACAAGACCUCCCACUGUCACUACCUCCAGAAAAGUUAAUCACAUCAGAAAUUUUUGCUGUACAUGAAGCUGGAUGCUCACUGGCCGAUCUUGUACCAAUCUCACCCUUCACAAAUAAUUCAUUUCUGCCACGUGAAGAUAGUCAACAGGAACCAGCCACACCAGAACUUAUCAACUUGGGUCCACCUUCAACCAGGAUAAAGUAUGCUAAUGGAGUAGGUGAAGAAUUUGGUGUUGUUGCGCGAGGUUCUGACUCUGGGUUAAAUAUAUUCUCAAAUCACAAUGGUGCUGAUUUUGUGACAUACCAUCCUUUGAUGGAACUUCAUUCGCAACUUUGGGAUCGUCAACCACUUUUGGUAAAUUCAACUUCGUUGUCAAGGAGCUCAUCGUUUAUUUCACAGCCGGGGAGCUAUUCGAGAGGUUCUGUUUGUUUGUUGAGCCGAUGUGGAAGUGUGAGUGGGAGUAUAUGUGGAGGUGGAGGUGGAGUCAGAAGUUUUAACUUUGAGUUUGACAUUGAUGGACGUACUCCUUCUGCGAGGUUAGUGAGUUUGAGUCCCUAUGUGUUAAGAGAGGAUGCAGUUGUGGGUGUAGAGGAAGUGGACGACGAAGAGGAACUUGAGGGGGCUGUGGAAGUGGAAGAGGAAGUGGAGAAGUUUGCGACAGAUCAGCAGGAUAUCUCACAAAGUACUAUGAGUGAAGGGAGCGCAUUAAAUGACUAUGAUGGUAGUGGGAGCGGAAGCGUACACCCGAUGCACCAUAAUGGAAAUCUAUACACCUUUGAGCCACCCAUUUACGCUGAAUAUUGA